AAAAAAAGCCAUUUUUAUCAACACCAGUAGCAAACAAAAACAGACGAUGAUGCCCUAGUCCGUUCUUAACAUCAUCUCCACCGCAGCGCUCUUUUAAUAUUCUUCGAGAAAUUUAUAGAAAAAAUGUUCAUCUAAAGCAAUUCGGACGAUCUGGUUAAACCCUUAAUCAAACAAAUUAGGGUUUCUCUUAUUAUUUUUUCUUCCCCGUUGUAAAGGAGGAAUUAGGGCAUCCGAUUAAACGGAAAAUGUAUUCCUCAAGAGGGAGCAAUGCAUAUGGGCAGCAUCAAUAUGGCGCUCAGCAGACGUGUGGACAAAAUUCCGGAGCUGAUGGAAGCUCCCUGCCUUCUCGACAAUCAUCUAUGCAAGGAUCUGCUGUUCAAGAGGCAGAUAUUGGUGCUGGAUAUAGAGGUCAUCAUCCUUUAGCGUCAACCCAUUUUGGGGGACCAUAUGGUGCAGUCUAUGGAUCAACUGCGCUGAGCAGUGCCCAGCAGGUUGGACCAAUGAGUGACAAUGGAGCAACAUCAUCAGCUCUUCAAGGUCGGACUGGCUAUUCUUCAGGUAUUGCAGGUUCUCCCAUGUUUGCAUCUGCUGACUAUAUUUCAUCGUCAAGUCAUGGAUAUGGCCCUAAAAGCGAUCAACUCUCAUCUGGGAAGCUUUCUGACUACUCUUCCAUAGAUAGACGGCAUUAUGACUUGCAAAGUGAAGUAACUAGACGAUACACAGACUCUGUUGGUCUUGGUCAUCAACUUCAGCCUGAGAUUUACGAUCGCAUUGACCAGGCUGCACUACUUAGACAGCAACAGUUGCUAAAAUCUCAAUCACUACAAUCCGCUUCUCCUCUAGAUGGUGGUGCUAGACCAGCUGACUAUCUUGCUGCGCGGGGUGCUCCCGUUCGUCACUCCGCACAAGAUUUAAGUGUCUAUGGUGGAAGGCUGGAUGCAGAUCCUCGUACUUUAUCAAUGCUUAGUGGUCUUCCGUACGAUGGACAACAUCAAGCAUCAUCCAUAUUAGGGGCAGCACCUCGAAGAAAUGCUGAUGACCUCAUGUAUGCUGCACAAGGUUCUGCAACUUCUGGUUAUGGGGUGAGUCUGCCUCCUGGUCGGGACUACGGGAAUGCGAAAGGACUUCAUGUCACAUCACGUGAAUCUGAUUAUCCUAGUAGCCUUUUGUCACGUGGAGGUGGCCUUGGAGGUUCCAGGAUGGAGGAAAGAAAAGAUGAUAGAGGAACUUUCCGGCGAGAGCUAGAAAUAAGGGAGGAGGAGCGUCGUAGGGAUCAUGUGCGUGUGUGAGAGGAACGAGAACGCGAUCGCGAACGUGAACGAGAACGGGAGCGACGUGACAAAGAUAGAGAACGUGAACGUAAACGUAUCCCUGAAAUUAGGCGAGAAAGAACGCCACCAAGAAUCACUAGAGAACGACCUGGUUCUGCUUUAGGAAAGGAGGAGAAGUCUCUGGGACGAGAUUUGCAACGUCAUGAUUCUCAGCAGAGGCGCCAUUCACCCAUUAAAGAGAAAAGGAGGGAAUAUGUCUGCAAGGUGCACCCAUCUUGUUUGGUGGAUGUUGAAAGGGAUUAUUUGUCCGUUAGCAAGCGCUAUCCUAGGCUAUUUGUCUCACCAGAUUUCACAAAGGCUGUUGUGAACUGGCCAAAGGAGAAUCAGAACAUUUCUUUCAGCACUCCUGUUAGCUUCGAGCAUGACCUUGUUGAAGUAGAGAGCCUUUCUGUGAAAAAAGAGUCAUCCAUUCAGUCAGUUGCCGAGUCUGGGGAACCCACAAGUGGUGCUACCAUAUGGAACGCAAAGGUGAUCUUGAUGAGUGGAAUCAGCAAGGAUGCUUUGGAGGAGCUGUCUUCUAAUAAAAACUAUGAAGACCGUAUACCGCAUAUCAACAAUAUUCUGAGGUUUUCUUUUCUGAGAAAAGAUCGGGCUUUCAUGGCUAUUGGUGGCCCACAGGGUGUUGUUGAUGAAGGGGAUUCUUCAGUUGAUGAUUCCUCGUUGAUUAAGACUGCCAUUAGUUACACCAAGGAUAUAACCCAACUUGAUUUGCAGAAAUGCCAACAAUGGAAUCGUUUCCUUGAGGUUCACUAUAAUAGACUUGGCAAGGAUGGGCUUUUUAGCCACAAAGAAAUCACUGUACUGUAUAUUCCAGAUUUGUCAGAAUGUCUCCCUUCAUUAGAAGCAUGGAGAGAUCAAUUGCUUGCACACAAGAAAGCCAUAGCUGAGAGAGAGCAGCGUCUUGCUGCACAGAAAAACAAGAAAUCUGUUGAGAAGAAUACAGUGAAAGGGGGGCAAAGUAUUAAAAAAUCUGAUAAAGAUGCUGAUUCCUCAAAAACUGUUAAAGCGGAAGGCAAACUGAUGACGACCGUUAAAGAGGAAAAGAAAGAAUCAGAGGGUACACCCUCAAAACAGCCAAUUGAUGGUAAGAAAAAUGAAGGUGGAAGUGAGAUGCCCCAAGAGAAUGCCAAAGAUCCCGAGAACAAAGACGGAGGAGAAGGGGGUGAUGAUGAGAAGGCUCUAGAGAAAAAGGGUACUGAAGGAACACCUACUGUUCAGGGAACUGGAGCUAAAAAGUCUGAGAAGAAGAAAAUUGUUAAGAAGGUUGUGAAACUGAAAGUUGCUGAUAAAAAAACUGGUGAAGAGAUUACUAUAAGCACUAAUAGUCAGAAAUGUGAUGUAGACAAACAAGGUGCGUCCGACACUACCGUUGAUCCUGACGGGACUACUGUUGAUCCCUCCGGUGUUAAAACUUUCGCCAGGAAGAAAGUUGUGAAGAAGGUUCCUGCAGGAAAGACUCCCCAGAAAGAAGAUAAGGAUUUGACUUCAACUGAUACUCAAGAUGUGUUAAAACUGGAGAAGCCAGUAGAGGUUCAAGAAGAUGAUGAGGAUAAUGAUGAGAAGAAGGUAGUGCUGGAGGAGGGAAGUGAAGGUGAAAAACUGAAAGAGCAAGCUGCAAGUGCAGAAAAGGUUACGGUUGAGGAGAAAAAAAUGGUGAAGAAAACUAAUACGAAACAAAAAUCUAUAAAGACUAGUGGUGGUAAGAAAGAGGCUGCAAAUAGUGUUGGUGAAAAGGAUGAGAAGGUUGAUAGGGAGAAAAAAGGUCUUGAUGACAAAAACGACACUUCUGCCAAAAAGGAGUCAAAUACUUUGGAGGAAAAGAGCUCUCGAAUGAGAAAAAAAGGCAAAGAUGAGAAAGACGAUUCGAGGCAUAAGUUAAGUAAGCUUGUGAAAGAAAAGGGUAUGGCCGAGGAACCUCCAAAAUACCCUGGCUUGGUUCUACAGACCAAAUCAAGCAAAGAUUCCAAAAUACGCUCAAUGUCACUAUCGUCGGAUGCACUUCUGGAUUAUAAUGACAAGGAUAUCGAUGAAUCAACUUUUGAGCUCUCACUUUUUGCGGAAGCACUCUAUGAAAUGCUACAGCACCAAAUGGGUUGUCGACUGUUGACAUUUCUCCAGAAACUGCGCUUAAACUAUGUGAAGAAAAGGGAUCAAAGGAAAAGAGAACGUGAUGAAAAUCCCGUGAAGCAGGUGAAGCUUUCAAAAAAGAAACUGAAGCCAACUGAAGCUACUCCUAUGGAUGAAGAGUCUACAAAAGAUGCUAAUUCAAAUUCAAACCACAAAGAAGAACUAAACAAGGAUGAUCCUAUCAUAGAUGGGCGUGGCGAUUCCAAAAUGGAUGAUGAAGCAAAUGAUUAUGAUCCUGAGGAAGAUAUUGAUGAUGAUCAAGAAAUGGAAGCUGAGUUCGACCAGCAUGACAAACCCAAGGAGGUUAGAAAUGAAGAUGAACCGGCUGCUUCAGAGGUUAAGGUAGAAAAGGGAAUAAGUGAAACAAACAUUAAAACUGAGGAGUCUGCGCUGGGAGAUAGGACUGAUGAGAUAACUGCUGAGAAAGGAGACAAAUCCAAUUUGGCAGCAAAAGAAGCAGAAGUAGACACAGAAGCAAAUAAAAAACCUGUCAAAGAGGAGGGAAUUGUUGAUAAGGAACUAUUGCAGGCAUUCAGGUUCUUUGAUCGGAAUCGGUUGGGCUACAUUAAGGUUGAGGACUUGAGGUCGAUUAUUCAUAAUCUAGGAAAGUUUCUUUCUCAUAGGGAUGUCAAGGAACUUGUGCAGAGUGGGCUGAUAGAAAGUAACACGGCAAGAGAUAAUCGGAUACUCUACAAUAAACUAGUGAAGCUCUCAAAAUGUGAUAUUUGAUCGAAUAGACGAGGUUGACAUAGUUUAGCUUUUAUUUGGGGAUAUCUUGAUUUUUGGUCUUGCUGAAGUUAUUUUGAUGAAAAAGACCUUGUAACCCCAAGUCAUUCUUGAAAAAUUAAUAGAACCUCCUACUCCAUUGUUAUGCACCUCUUUGAAAGGAAAUUUAAAAAUGCCAAAGAGGUUUGUUUUCCUUUU